UUUCUACUAGCUACUUAUACAUGGAAAUAAGGCGCAAACCAGUGCCAGCUUCCUCACCAACCCAAUAUGGAGUUGUCCAACGACCCCUGACCCCAAAUCCUCGACCUCCGCCACAUCCGCUGCAAAAUUCACAACCCCCUACCUCACUCCAACCGCCUCAUUCAAUCCCUCGAUAUCGAAGUCACCCCAAUCUCGGGGCCUCGUACCACGCCGCUGCGACUCCUGCCAUCCCGCGAGCCGAAACUUCGAUCCCCGCGAGCUCCGAAAAACCGUCGUUUUAUGAAGACACCCGGCAUUUUCUUGGUGGCCUCAUCCACCACCCCUCUGAAUCCACCAAACAUUACUCUAUCCUCCGCCAUUCCCCUGGGGUCAUCUUUUAUCGCGGUCCAACUACAUCUGUAACAGUUUCCAUCUUCGCCGACACCCGCAUUCCAGCCGAUCGCUCGCUGUGGCUACAACCCAAAGGAUGGACUGGCAAGACCGGAAUGCGCGCCAAAGCCGUCCUACACUUGCACGAUGAUUGGAUCAACAUCCCUCCUCCUCUAGCUCUACGUGCCGACCAAGUUGAGCCUGCAACCGAACGCGCCUGGCAACGCGACAUCUCCAAGUUUCGCAAGAAAGCCGCGGCCCGGAUUCGAGACACCCACCGACUUCGCGAGACUGUGGUGGCUCGGAUCCCUGCAGACGCGGGGGAUGGAUAUUUUCAGCUCGUGCUGUGCCACGGACAAAAGAAGGUUCUCUGCCGCAGUCCGGUUUUCCGCCUAUUUUCCACCUCCAAAGACCCUAGCUCGGUUCGGGGGGCAAGCUUGGCCUCGAUGCCGCUCGAGGUUGGAGCUCUGGUUUUGGGAUCGUACGCUCGCACGGCAGCCCAAACGGUUCUUGCGCCGGUGACGACGGCAGCACAGUCCGCGGUCGCCCCGUAUAAACCUGGCUGGCUGAAACAGACGGCAGCGACAACAGUUGCGUCGACAGCUUAUUCUUGUAGCGGAUUGGCCGACAGGAUCGCCAGAGACACGGCGGAUCCCAAUAUUCCCGACACAGCACAGCCCUCGCUCGAGAACGGGCCGCAACCCCCGUUCCCGAUCGAAUUCACAGCGCGUCCGACGCACGCCCUCGAUGCCUCCCGCAUAGCCCUUAAAAUCCCUUCCGACGUCGAAGCCAAAUUCCACGGGGGUUUCUUCGGCUGGGCACGCUGUGCCUCGGACCACCCCUGGCAGGCUGUGAUCUUUUCCAUGCGCACAUGGGACGCCGCCCAAACGACGGGACCGGUCUCCCUGUCCCAAACCACGCGUAAAGUGGCCGCCCUCCGGUUCCUCGACGAUCCCGUGCCAACGCCUCUCCCUGCAACCAUCAACCUCCGUGUUCUCGGGUUUCUCCGUCCGGAUAUCGCGCCGCCGCCUCCGCGGACUGAAAGGGAGCUGGUGUCUGCACGUCAGACGGCGGCGGAGGCGGCCGUGCUCGCGGAGCAGUGCGACAUGGAGUGUGCGCGGGGGAUACUCGAGCACCCGCUCUGGGGGCCGGAUUCCACUUCUAGCCCUAAGGGAUGGAUGGAGCGAACAAAGGAGGGCUACGAGAAUGUGCGAACGCGCGGCUGGAAGAUGGCUGAGCGGGUUGGGGUACGGAGUGGUUUAGAGCACGAAUCCGGCGGGGGGUUUUACAUUGUGCGGGAUUAAUCCUCGAAAGGUGAGGCGUUUGGAAAAGCAACAUUGUCAUUCAUAUAUUGAUAUACUGAUGGUAGAUUGAAGGGGGUUAUAUACACACAGGUAGGCUGCCGUAGUGGAUAAUAAUCACAGCAAUAAUAAUAAUCGUAAUAGUAAUAAUAAUAACC